CUAAAGCCCUGGUUUCAGACACCACUAUUUACCAGGAUCAGAUUGUACAGAAACAUGCGCCUCCCCUUCUGCUUUCCCCUCAGCUUUAAAGAAAGCCUGAAGGAAAAGUGCGAAGAGUCGAGUCCAGGGCAGAUCCACGGCUGGCUGCAGGAGGAGCGCGCUGCAGAGAGCUUUCUAUACGUGUCAAGAUGGAAGAAGUACUGGCGCCAUUGAGGGAGGCUGUGAGGGAACAGGGUGACUUGGUGCAUCAGCUGAAGGAAAAAGGCACCGCAGAGCAGGAGCUGAGCAGAGCUGUUGCAGAGCUGAAAGCCCGGAAGAAGAUUCUUGAAGCAAAGGAAUUGGCUUUGCAGCCCAAAGCUGACACAGUGGACAGAGUCAAGAUGGAGGAUACCUUAAAGCGGAGAUUCUUCUACGAUCAGGCUUUUGCCAUAUAUGGAGGUGUGAGCGGCCUGUACGACUUCGGCCCUGUGGGCUGUGCCCUGAAGAACAACAUCCUACAGGUUUGGAGGCAGCACUUCAUCCAGGAGGAGCAGAUCCUGGAGAUCGACUGCACCAUGCUGACCCCCGAGCCCGUCCUCAAGACGUCGGGGCAUGUGGAUAAAUUUGCUGACUACAUGGUGAAAGAUGCCAAGACUGGAGAAUGCUACCGCGCUGAUCACCUCCUCAAAGCUCACUUAAAAAAACUGAUGUCUGAUGAGAAAUGCUCCGCAGAGAAGGUGACCGAGAUGGAGGAUGUAAUCACUCAGAUGGACAACUACACCCAGCUGGAGCUGACCGAUCUCUUUGUGAAAUACAACGUCAAGUCUCCGUCCACAGGAAACGACCUCACACCUCCCGUCUCCUUCAACCUGAUGUUUCAGACGUCCAUUGGACCAGGGGGGAACAUGCCUGGCUAUCUGAGGCCUGAAACAGCUCAGGGAAUGUUCCUCAACUUCAAGCGUCUGCUGGAGUUUAACCAGGGAAAAUUGCCCUUUGCUGCUGCUCAGAUAGGAAACUCCUUCAGGAACGAGAUCUCUCCUCGCUCUGGACUCAUUCGUGUUAGGGAGUUCACCAUGGCUGAGAUUGAGCACUUUGUGGACCCAAAGGAGAAGAUCCACCCUAAAUUCUCCAACGUGGCCGACCUUGAGAUCAUGUUGUACUCCUCCAAGGCCCAGACCAGCGGCCAGUCUGCACAUAUCAUGAGGCUGGGGGACGCUGUGGAGCAGGGAGUGAUCAACAAUUCAGUGUUGGGCUACUUCAUUGGAAGAAUCUACCUCUAUCUAACUAAAGUGGGGCUGUCCAAAGAUAAAGUGCGCUUCCGUCAGCACAUGGAAAACGAGAUGGCUCACUACGCAUGUGACUGCUGGGACGCUGAGUCUAAAACCUCCUAUGGCUGGAUUGAGAUUGUGGGCUGUGCUGACCGCUCCUGCUAUGACCUCUCGUGUCACUCCAGAGCCACCAAGGUCCCUCUAGUGGCUGAAAAGCCCCUGAAAGAACCCAAAGUAGUAAAUGUUGUCCAGUUUGAGCCCAAUAAGGGAGCCAUAGGAACGGCCUACAAGAAAGAUGCCAAGUUGGUUCUGGAGCACCUGGCUGCCUGUGACAAAUGCUACAUCAGUGAUCAGGAGAAGCUUCUCAAUGAACAUGGGGAGUUCAGCUUUGAGACACAGGGCAGGACAUUUAAACUUACCAAAGACAUGGUCAGUGUGAAGAGGUUCCAGAAAACUUUGCAUGUGGAGGAGAUUGUUCCCAAUGUAAUCGAGCCGUCUUUUGGCAUCGGCAGAAUCAUGUACUCUAUCUUCGAGCACUCGUUCCGCAUCCGUCAGGGGGAUGAACAGAGGACGUAUUUCAGCUUCCCUGCCACUGUAGCUCCAUACAAAUGUUCCAUCCUUCCUUUGAGCCAAAACCAGGAGUUUAUGCCAUUUGUCCACCAGUUAUCUGAGGCAAUGACAAAAAUCGGUGUGUCUCACAAAGUGGAUGACUCUUCAGGAUCCAUCGGGAGGCGCUACGCCAGGACGGACGAGAUCGGAGUGGCGUUUGGCAUCACCAUCGACUUCGACACAGCCAACAAGACGCCUCACACGGCCACUCUGAGAGACCGCGACUCAAUGAGGCAGAUCAGGGCCGAGGUCACUGAGUUGCCAGAGAUGGUUCGCGAUCUGGCUAACGGCACCCUGAUGUGGGCUGAGGUGGAGAGAAAUUACCCCAUCUUUGAAGGACAGGAGACCAGCAAGAAGGAGUAACCAAAGUGGGACUGUACGCACAGGGACCACAUUGAUAAUAAAGAUUUUACAUUUUACCAUAACCAUUUUUUGGAAACAGAAAGCUUUUUAGCCUUAUGAAUUUUGUAUUUUUACAUAAAGGAAAAGAGUUUCUUUCAUUGGGAGUUGUUUAUGAUGGAAUACAUAGGCUUUCAAUAUGACUGUAUUUAUGAUGGAUAGAAUAUUCAUUCCUGGGAUUGUAUCUUUAUCUGUUGGUGUGUUCAUUGGAGAUUUGAACUUGUCAUAUAGACUGUAGGAAAGCACAACCAGUCACAAACAUGCAGGAAGGCUCACACAGUCCUCUGUGGCCUCCUUCCUCAAGCAGUGUUACUGUCACCUGAGCAGCUCUCUUAACAACUCCUUUUUUUAAAUACUAUAUGCCUUGGUUGACCUUUUUAAAUAAACCACAUACUGUAUGGUU